UCGGUCGGUGAGCGCAGCCAUGAGCUGCCUCACGGUGCCCGGGGUCCACCCCGGCUCCCCCGGCCGCCCGCGCGGGCAGAUCCAGGUGAUCUUCGGACCCAUGUUCUCCGGGAAGAGCACGGAGCUCAUGCGGCGGGUGCGGCGGUUCCAGCUCGCUCAGUACCGCUGCCUCCUGGUGAAAUACGCCAAGGACACGCGCUACGGGUCCUCCGGUGUCUCCACGCACGACAAGAACACCAUGGAGGCCGUGCCAGCCUGUCUCCUCAAGGACGUGUACCAGGAGGCGCUGAGCUCCACAGUCAUCGGCAUCGAUGAGGGCCAGUUUUUCCCAGACAUUGUGGAGUUCUGUGAGAUGAUGGCCAACACUGGAAAAACCAUCAUAGUUGCUGCUCUUGAUGGCACUUUCCAGAGAAAGGCCUUCGGGAGCAUCCUGAACCUGGUGCCGCUGGCAGAGAGUGUGGUGAAGCUGAAUGCUGUGUGCAUGGAGUGCUACCGAGAGGCCUCCUACACAAAGAGGUUGGGAGCAGAGAGGGAGGUUGAGGUGAUUGGAGGAGCAGACAAGUACCACUCCGUCUGCAGAGCCUGCUACUUCCGCCAUCAGCCCCCUCAGCCUGGGCCAGAGAACAAGGAGAAUGUGCCCCUGAUGCUGAAGCAGCUCAAUGUGGCUGCCUCCUGCCGCAAGAUCUUUGCUUCCUGACUGCUG